GUGAGGGGAGAAGUGGCUACAAUGUACCAGCGUUCGGAGUGACUGAUACAUCCACAAUUGCGACUGUGACCUCCCCCUGCAGAGAAAGCCCUGUGUGUGUGUGUUGUAUCCUGGUGCUACCUCCUUCCUCUCUCCCCCCCCCACCCCCCACCCAAAAAAAAACUCCACUCCCCUCCCCUGAAUAACAUCCAUCCCUGUGCAAACCUCCAGAACGCAAAAACGAACCCACAAAAAGAGGGGUAGGGUGUUUAAAAAAAGAAAAUCUCAGUCCCACUGCCUCUGUGUCUAGCUGUGUGUGUGUGUCUAUAUCUCUGUGUCUCUCUCUCUUACUGUCGCUGUCUCUCUCUCUCUCUCUCCCUCUCUGUCGCUGUCUCUCUCUCUCCCUCUGCCUCUCUCCUCCACAAUUGUUUAACAAUGAUGGCCCCUAUGCAACAGAAUGGGAAUCACAUAGAACUCGAUCCCCCAGACUCAAGGAAGAGGCCAUUAGAAGCGCCCAUCGAUGCCGGCAGUACAAAACGGACUAACACAGGAGAAGAAGGCGAAUUUUUCAUGAAGGUCCUGAUUCCCAGUUACGCUGCUGGUUCGAUCAUCGGCAAGGGAGGCCAAACCAUCGUCCAGUUGCAGAAGGAGACGGGCGCCACCAUCAAGCUGUCCAAAUCCAAAGACUUCUACCCUGGUACCACCGAGAGGGUUUGCCUGAUCCAGGGGACGGUGGAGGCUUUGAACGCCGUCCAUGACUUCAUCGCGGAGAAAGUCCGGGAGAUGCCGCAGAACGUCGGCAAGGCGGAGCCCGUCAACAUCCUCCAACCCCAGACCAACGUCAACCCCGACCGGGUCAAGCAAGCCAAGCUGAUUGUCCCCAACAGCACGGCGGGGCUGAUCAUCGGCAAGGGUGGGGCAACGGUGAAGGCGGUGAUGGAGCAGUCAGGGGCCUGGGUGCAGCUUUCACAGAAGCCCGAGGGCAUCAACCUGCAGGAGAGGGUGGUGACGGUGAGCGGCGAGUCGGAGCAGAACCGCAAGGCCGUCGAGCUGAUGGUGCAGAAGAUCCAGGAGGACCCUCAGAGCGGGAGCUGCCUCAACAUCAGCUACGCCAACAUCUCGGGGCCGGUGGCCAACUCCAACCCCACCGGCUCCCCGUACGCCAACUCGGCCGAGGUGUUGCCGGCGGCGGCGGCGGCGGCUUCUGCAGCCGGCCUGCUGGGCCACGCCAACCUGGCGGGCGUGGCGGGCUUCACCGCCGGCCUGUCGGGCUUCACCGGCAACGACCUGCUGGCCAUCAGCUCGGCCCUCAACACGUUGGCCAGCUACGGCUACAACACCAACUCGCUGGGGUUGGGCCUCAACCCGGCCACGGCCACCGGCGUGCUGGCGGCGGUGGCGGCCAACGCCAACCCCGCCGCCGCCGCCGCCGCCAACCUGCUGGCCUCGUACGCCAACGAGGCGUCAGGCGGCGCCAACGCCCCGACCGGUACCUUCUCCCUCGGCUCGCUGACGGCCGCCACCAACGGUUACUUCAGCUCCGCCGCCGCCGCCGCCGCCGCCGCCGCCGCCGCAGCCGCCUCGUCGCCGCUGGCCGCCGCCAGCUCCAUCCUGGCCGCCGAGAAGCUGAGCGAGGGCGCCAAGGACGUGGUGGAGAUCGCCGUGCCGGAGAACCUGGUGGGCGCCAUUUUGGGAAAGGGCGGGAAGACGCUGGUGGAGUACCAGGAGUUGACUGGAGCCCGCAUCCAGAUCUCCAAAAAGGGCGAGUUUGUCCCCGGCACCAGGAACCGCAAGGUGACCAUCACCGGGACGCCAGCCGCCACACAAGCCGCACAGUAUUUAAUCAGCCAGAGGAUCACGUACGAGCAAGGAGUACGCGCCGCCAACCUCCAGAAGGUCGGCUAAAAAAAAAAACCCAAACCCAAACUAACCCAAACACGGCCCAGAAAAUACAGGUGGCCACACUUUUUUUUUUUUUUUUAAAAGAGAGAUAAAGGGGCUUAUAUAGUACUUGAUCUAAUUAAAAAAAACAAAACGUCUUGUAUUAAUAUAUUAUAUGAAAUGUCAGAGAUCUGUGUAUAUGUAAAUAAUGUUUGCUGCAUA